GCCCGGUGUGGGGAUAACACCGGAGACCGCGGCGCCGCACAGGCCGCUAGCACCGGCUCAGCGCUGGCGGGCCCGGACGCGCAGGGUGUGGAGGCAGGAGGGGGGUGCGCCGCGGUCAGUGGGGUGACGGUGGUGGCCGGAGAAGGGUGCGCAUCCGGAAGGUGGAGAGCCGGGACCAACAUGAGAUCAUACCUGGUUUUCGGGGCCCUGCUACUGACAGGCUCGGCUCUGACGGCCGUCGUGCCGGUUCUACCCAAGACGCUGCUACCACCACCUGCUGAGCGCUCUGAGAACCAUCAACUAGGUGGCGCUGUGCACCAGACUCUGACCGUCGGCUCAGAGGGUGGUGGUUCGGUGGCGGCUCGCGUUAUCGAAAUCACUGAUGACGUUACCGAUGAUUGGAUCAACGAGGUGUCGCUGAAACGAAGGAGACGCGAUAACGCACGGGUACGGAGACAGGCCGAGUACGGGUCAGUGGACCGGUACGAUGGGCCGGUACAGGACGGGUACAGCGAGUACCAGGACGCCCCUCAGAACGAGUUUUUCCCUGAGGACAUUGAGGAGGUCCGCUACACAAACCCUCAGGCCAUGGACUCAGAGGCGUCCGCUUCCACGCAGGAGUACAACCCAUACCAGCUCUUCCCAGAAAGUUUCCACGACCUGCUGGACAUCCCGAUCCACGUCUACAAGAACGGCACCGAGGUUCGCACUCACGAGCGGCCACCAUCUCAGCCCGGUCAACCUACCGUCAGCGGAGGUUACGCCAACACAAACCUUCAGGGAUACGGCCAGAGCGGCUCCAACCGACCCUCGCCACGUCCCGCCUUCACACGGCCGACGACCCCUACCACAAGACGACCCACAAGGAGGCCAGAGACACCGCCUCCACGUCGCACCCAGCCGCCCAGGGUGACCGAAGUGCCGCACUUCGUGACGACUACGCCACGCGCCAAGAUUGUCACGCCGGGAAGCGGCAAAUUUGGCGCGCACGUUCCCGAAGAUCCUCGCCGUCCUGUAACCGUCAAACCGUCGCACGAGCUGCCCGAUCGCGUCUCGGCGUUCGGCUUCGGCUUCGGUGCUGCAGCUGGUGAGGAGACUGAGUCAAAGCCAGAGGUGCCACGAGUGUCACUGCACGAGAAAUUGGCAAUCGGAAGACGGCCGGAGAAAACGCGCAAGCGCGUGCCGUAUGGACAGCGGCCUUCCUCCGAUAGCAAACGUCCCUAUGUCGACUGGACGAAAAACGAGGAAGGGGACCAAGAAGAGGAAGCCAACACAGAGGAAGACAAAAACAUUUCAGGAUCUCUUUCAGAGUACUUCGCUGCCAACACUGAUUAUGCUGCCGCUUUCGGUGGUUUCGGCCAAAAGAAGGACACCGGUGUUGUUGAUUUUACAACCACCACCACUACCACCACUACGACUACCACCCAGCCGCCAGCGGAGGAAGAGGUGUACCAAGUCACUCCGAGUGCCGUGGAUCCUCCCUCUUGGCAGCUCCAGUGGACUACCCCAGAGCCAGUCGAGGAGCACAAGAAGCCACACAAGAAGCCCAUCUUCAAGAAACCGGUGUUCCAACAAGAGAACCUUCCGACGGAUGUGGGUGUCGAGUCACCAGUGGAUGUGUCUCAUCCCGAGCAUCGCACACCGACUGAUGAACAUCAGAAGACGUUCGAACAUCAGGAGAACGGACACAACCAGCCAAACACUCAGGAACAAAAUCCUGGCUCUCACUUCGGUUUCCAGCAAGAGCAGCACCAGCAGCAACAUCCUGAACAGGAAGAGUACCGUCGCCCUGAAGUAGAGAUGCCGCAGCAGAAGCCCUUCUCUCAGCCUAUCGAUCCCUAUUCUCCAAUCCAAGACCCGUUCUCGCAGGCUCAGGGUCCUUCGUUCUCACCCAAGGAGCCCGAGUUCAAUCCCCACCAGGAGCAGUUCCAUCAGCAGCAGUUCCAGCCCCCGACUCCGGACCGCGAUGCUUCCAUCAGCGUCACCAGCGGUCCGAACCUCUCCGCUGGCCCAGGAUCCGGCAUCCAGCAGCUGCCGGGACCGAAUUUCGGCGGUCAGCCCUCGCCAGGACCCGUGGCCCGACCUCCGCGACCCUUCGGACGACCUCAGGGGCUUCCGCCACGACCAGGUCGUCCGCAGAGGCCUCCUGUUGGAGACAGGCGUCCCAUUCCGCAGCAGGGACGGCCGGCGCCACCGAGCGGGGGACGUCCAGUGACUGGCUUUGCUGGAAGGCCCCCUGUGCCGCUGGAAACCCGCCCCGUCCCAGGAGGAGACCCAAGGCCGGCGUCGCGUCCGCGGAGACCCCCGCCGACCAAGAAGCCGUCGGGAGGUGGAUACCUCGACAGUUUCCUCAGCUGGUUCCGCGGCGAUGAGGAUGAAGAGGAUGAGACAUCGCCUAGACCUCUUCCGCCGAACUCUCGUCCGGCGCCUACGGGUUAUCGACCCCAGGACUUCCAGCACCGACCUCCAGCGAUCUCCAACCGUCCUAAUAAUCCUCAACGGCCAGGUCUGGCACCCCAGGGCUUCCCUCCAGGAUUCGGCGAGGGUCCGAGCCCACCGUUCACCCCGCCUCCUCCUCCUCGCUUUGUCCCUGGCCAAAGUCCCGACGGCAAUCCUAGCCUCGAGCGCGCCCCUGGCAACUUCGUCCGCCGCGAUCCUCCGCAAGGAGGUGCCGAUCUGGGCUUCGGCAGCGGGCCGAGACCGUCUGACCAGUUUGGAGUUCUCCCGCAGUUCCGUCCUGGAGUCGCCGGAGUGCCCAGGCUCGCUCACAGAAGACGAGGGACGGUGCAGAGGCGGCGCGGUCCGGCGGCGUCAGGACGACUGCCUAACCAGCAGACGGUGACGACCAAGACGACGAAACUCACCAGUGUCGCUCCUCCCUCGGAACGCGCGUCCGAAAGUGUCACCGAGUACGUCGUUGCGACACCGAUGCCCACGCGUCGACGUCGCCCGCGGCCGCGUCCGUCGGCCUCUCAAACACCUCCACGACGCCGAGUUGACGUCGCUCGACCGGCCUCCGACGAUCCGCGUCCACCGCUGGUGGGGCGCCCCACGGCGCGACCGGCAACCCUGCUCAACGAGAAGAGGAUCAUGGUAGUGGGGCCGUUCACAGCCCCGCCACCAGGUGCGCCUUACAUCAAGCACCCCGAUGAGGUCACCAGAGGAGAUGUCAUGGCCAGAAAUGCCGCAUCGACAGGCACAAUAACGAAAAAGACUGCGACAACCUCGGCGCAGUCGGCUCGUCCAGUCGUGGUAGGGGCAACCGCGUCGUCCACCAGCGUCGGCGCCAAGCUGAGCUUCUCGGUGCCGGCGACAGAUGUCGCGUCGGUCAGGGCGACCUCGACGCCCGCUGUGGUUAGCGGGAAGGCGGGCAUUGCGCAGGCACCGUCACGGGAGAAAUCCGACUCGACAACCGUCACCAACGCUGCUAAAAACACGGGAGAAUUCAAAGAACCCGAGCUAUAUGGUGGCUUUAGACCUAUCGUUAACUAAAAUAUUGCGUGACUAGAGGCAAGCUGCACAGUGCACAUAGCCAGUGGCAGCUUACGGCAUUUGGUUUUCAUAUAUGAUAUUCAUCCUUUAAGGUGCAGAGUGCAGAGUGAAGCUAGUGAAUAAGCCUCAUUAGAUUAUCACACCGUUCCCUGCUUCUAUCCUCAGGAAUCAGAAUACAGAAAUCCUUCUCCUCCACGCCACAACCCCCUCCGGGCUGGACAGGCAACUUUAUCUCAUGCGGGCUGCUCCCUUGGAGCGGCACCGCUGCUCCUGAGGGAGCGCACCCCGUAGCCGGGUGCAGUGGGUGCCUUGGGGCUGGAUGGCCUGUCCUUGGACGGGCUCAGCCCCGGCGACUCACUAGGGUGCCUGCCCAGACCAAUGUCUCCCUCCCCCUAUAUCCUAUCAUCCUCCUGGCUCUGAAAUGGUCUCAUUGGACCGAAAGAGCCUAACCCAACAAAACAAAACAAAUUAGAUUAUCAUUGUGUGGCUGAUAUCACCUAGUUCUAGUUGGGCAUCUAGUUAGUUAAAUCUUUUUUAAUAAAAGUAUUUAUUUGAUAUCGUUGGUAUGAGGUGCCGAUUGUGUGAUGUAAGGAAGUCGCUCUGUGUCCUUUUCGUUUUUUUUUUUUUGUAUUUAUUAAUUUGCCACCAAGCCACUGAGCAGCUGUGGAAUGGUGGAUAUUGUGCUGGUUAGUGUUUCAUAUGUGUGGCUUUAGCAGCGGCAGGCGCUCAGGUUUCUUGUUCAUGAAGGAAACAUGCCCAACAAUUGUUGGCGUCAUAAAUGCUGUUUGACAUUAGGUUAUCUUACGACCAGCUUCAGUAGGUAGCGUUGUUCAUAUCCUGUACUUAAACUCAUAAUGAUGACUUCUUACAGGGACAUUUACCUUGUCUUCUUUUUGUUUUCACCCGCUAACCUAUUAAUUUAUUGCGUCCUAUCUAUUCUCACCAGUAUAACGCCUUUUGGGGCGACUAACGGAGCGAGCGAGAGGGUGGGCCUUGCACGUGCGAAAUUGCGAGGGGGUACCUCCAACUGACUUGUGCACGGCACCCUACUAACUGGUCUCUAGCGAUGUGCCAAAUUUGGGCACAAUCGGCCCAGCCGUUCUCGAGAUCUGGAAGCGGCACCCUGCACGUGCGCACGUGCAAAAUGGGUCCCAACUGACUUGUGCACGGCACCCUACUAACCGGUCCCUAACCGUGUACCAAAUUUGAGCGCAAUCGGUCCAGCCGUUCUCGAGAUCUGGAAACGACCCCUGCACGUGCGCACGUGCAGCAGCACCCCAACUCUGGCACAUGUAUAUGCAGUGCCUAGUGGGUGCCUACCUACAUGCCAACUUUCAGCGCAAUCGGCCAAGUAGUUACCGAGAUAUUGCAACAAUUACAAAAGUGACACCUCUUCGUUUUGCACGUGGCACGUGCAUAAGGGGUCACCCACAUGCAUCGGGAAUAGUCCAAUACUUGGUAGAAGGAAUGAAGCUACCCUACAAAAAUUACCGCGUGUAAAUCGGUCAAGUGGUUGCUGAGAUAUAAGCCUCGCAAAAGCGUGACCACGGCCGGCCGGCCGGCCGCUCAUACUCAGAAAUUUCCGUUAAUCUAAGGAAAGACUACGCUCGCUUCGCUCGCUCCGUAAUGAGUCAUGCCCCAAUGUUAUUGUACCUUUUUUGUUAUUUAGUUCGGCUUAUGCUUCGUCAUUGUUAUUUAUUUUGUUUUCUCCAGCAUCGUGUAUGACCACAUGGUUGACCGUCAUACUCUUUUGUUUUUAUUUGUUAGGUUUGUGCUUUUUGUGGACGCUGUUAUGCGUACGUGAUCAUGUUAACAAAUACAGCAAGUAAAGUGAGAA